UCAGAUUCAGAGUUCAUUUUUUGGGUUGGAAAUUGAGUAGACUCCGCAGUUGACCGAUAUAUUCGAAGGGAAAAAGUUGUGCGAUUGAUAUCAUAAAACAAUAAGCAUGUUGAAAGUAGUUCUCUAUUAUUUCGCCUUGAAAGCCAUGGGCGAGAGCACCAGGAUGCUGCUGGCAUACGGCGGUCAGGAGUUCGAAGAUCGCCGCUUGACUGAGGAACAAUGGCCCGAAUUUAAACCAAAGACGCCGUUCGGUCAAAUGCCAGUGCUGGAAAUAGACGGCAAAAAGUACGCCCAAAGUUUGGCAAUUUCACGCUACCUCGGCCGCAAGUACGGCCUGGCCGGCGACACUAUGGAGGAGGAUUUGGAGAUCGACCAGAACGUAGACUUCCUCUACGACAUUCGAGCUAGGGCUUUGACAGUGGAAAAUGAAGAAGAUGAGGAGGUUAAAAGGAAGAAGCACGAAGAGAAUACCAAAAUUCAUUACCCGUUCUUGCUGAAGACACUCAAUGAUACCGUCGUCAAGAAUAACGGACACCUCGCCCUUGGCAAGCUGACUUGGGGUGACUUCGUUUUCACGGGUGUGUACGAUUAUUUCAAAAUGAUGAUGAGAAUGCCCGACCUCGACACGAAGUACCCAGUCUUCAAAGAGUUGAAUGAUAAGGUGCUGGCUCUGCCCAGGGUGAAGGAAUUUGUCGCCAAGGCACCGAUUUCCGAUUAUUAAAUGGAUGAUUUGUUUUCAUUGACUGUAAUAACUUGCAUGAUGAAAUCUGUUAGCAGGGUACCUAUUUUAAAUCUCAGUGUCCACACAUCGGAUCUCAAUUGGUGAGCCUACAGCGUGGGCACGGUCAAUUCUUUAAUUUAUACUUUAUAUAGAAAUUAAAUAAUGCAUGUAUAUACAUACAGGCUGGUCCAUUUACAGCGGUCCAAAAUUGUUUUUAAG